UAGCUUUAGGUGUAACAUAACAUUAAUUAGCUAAGCAAUAAUUAUGUCAAAGGAAGGGCCACAGGUAAAUAGUAGGAGAAACGUGUGUGUGUGCGUGAGAGAGAGAGAGAGAGAGAGAGAGAGUGCGCGCGCGCGCGCGUUUAGGACCGAGCGCGUGUGUCUCGUGGCUCUCGAGCGCGAGCACUCUGCACUGUCCUCGUUCCCGCGCGCGGCGGUUGCUUACAGGUGGGCUCUGUGGGAAAGCGGGAAUACGCCCGAGCUGGUUUGGGAUUAAAAACAACUAUACUAAGAUAGAGGAAGGACUUUACGGCCGUGAAACAGUUGCGUCCGUGCGCACAUCUUCCCUCAUCAGAUUCUCCUGUGCAGAAGCGAGGAGAGACGCUCCUCAGUCCUCGGCAGGUCCUGUUCAGAAAUGUAUGGCCGAUAUAUUCGUUCCUAUGGAUUCUUGAUCUACUUGAUGUUAAAUGGAGUCUGGCAGACAAGGUCAAAAUCAGAUGUGUCUGGGUCAGAGGCUUUUAAAAACAACAUCACACUUUUUACAAGGAUCCUGGACCGACUGCUGGAUGGCUAUGAUAACAGGCUGAGACCGGGUCUUGGAGAUCGAGUGACAGAGGUAAAGACUGAUAUAUACGUGACCAGUUUUGGGCCAGUAUCGGAUGCAGACAUGGAGUACACAGUGGACGUGUUCUUCCGCCAGCGCUGGACAGAUGAGCGCCUGAAGUUCCACGGGCCAAUGAACAUCCUACGGCUCAAUAAUCUGAUGGCCAGUAAGAUCUGGACCCCUGACACUUUCUUCCACAAUGGCAAGAAGUCUGUGGCUCAUAACAUGACUAUGCCAAACAAAUUACUGCGGAUCAUGGAAAAUGGGACACUACUUUACACCAUGAGGCUGACUGUGCAGGCAGAAUGUCCAAUGCAUUUGGAGGACUUCCCCAUGGACUCUCAUUCAUGUCCACUGAAGUUUGGCAGCUAUGCAUAUACUCUGACAGAGGUGACCUAUGUUUGGACACGAAAUGCCACGCUUUCAGUAGAGGUGGCUCCAGACGGAUCAAGGUUGAACCAGUAUGACUUGAGGGGCCAAACUGUUGGCAAAGAAACGAUUAAAUCCAGUACUGGGGAAUAUACAGUGAUGACAGUUCAUUUCCAUCUGAAGAGGAAGAUUGGGUACUUUGUUAUCCAAACUUACUUGCCCUGCAUCAUGACUGUCAUUUUGUCCCAGGUCUCCUUCUGGCUUAACCGUGAAUCAGUACCUGCUCGAACAGUUUUUGGUGUGACUACAGUGCUCACAAUGACCACUCUGAGUAUCAGUGCUCGUAACUCAUUGCCUAAAGUAGCCUAUGCCACUGCGAUGGACUGGUUCAUUGCUGUGUGCUAUGCCUUUGUCUUCUCUGCCCUCAUUGAGUUUGCAACAGUCAACUAUUUCACCAAACGCGGCUGGGCCUGGGAUGGCAAGAGCAUUCUUAAUGACAAGAAAAAAGAGGGCUCUGUUAUGAAGAAGAACAAUGCUUAUGCAGUCGCUGUGGCAAACUAUGCUCCCCACAUCGGUAAGGAUUCAACUUUGCCCACCGUUUCCAAGAGUGCUCCAGCAGAGCCCACUAAAGCUCAGCCCGUGGCUAAAGAGAGCAAGAAGACCUUCAACAGCGUAAGCAAGAUCGACCGCAUGUCCCGCAUCAUCUUCCCUGUGCUUUUUGGCAGCUUCAACCUCGUCUACUGGGCUACAUAUCUCAACAGAGAACCUGUCAUUAAGAACAUGGUUCCCUCUCACUGACCAUUCUAUUAAAUAUGAAUAUACACACACGCACACAUGCACAAAGACGCACAUAUUAAAACAUUGCUUAGCUUUUGUACCUGUUUAGUAUAGUGUAACGCUUGCCAUUUUUGUCUUACUAUUGAAAGUUUAUACCAUGUACCAUGUCCAUCGUUUUAGAUUUUCACUGCCAGACCAAUAUUCAGAAUGAUAACAUGCCUUUUUAUUCGGUAAAGACUGUUGAUUAAAAUUACUUUUUUUAUUUUAUUUUAUUAGACAAAGAUAAAGCAUUUUUCUUACAAGAUUCAGUAUUUUCAUUUAAUUUUUAAUUUUACCUGUUUCCUUCCAAAGUAAUAGAAUCUAUAUAUAAUAAGAAGAGUAGAUCAUCUCUUACACCAUUGUGGCAAUUUGAGUAGAGUAAGUCAAAUAUAUGGAUUUCUCCCUUGACACCCCCCCCCCCCCCCCUCCACCCACACACAUUUUUAAAUGCAUAUAAUAUACUGAGACGGCAGGAUGAGAAUGCUUAAGUUCACAUUCAGUUGACUAAAUGUUGUUAGGAGGAAGGAAGAAGGCUGUCACCCUUUCCUCUCAGUAAAAGCACUGCCAAUUAUAUCCUUAAGUGCCAAGGAUGGCACAUGGCACAGCUGGGACUUUAAUAUUAGAUGUAGUUUGUAUAGUCAUUCUUAGAAUUAUUUAUCAUUCCCUUACUUGAAUGUAGUGUUAAAACGAAAACAACUCAGCACUCUGUCUGGGCCUGUAUCACUUAGAUGCAUUUAAUGCAAACAAUGUAUUGCAAAUGUUUUUCGAAUGAAUUUCUUACACUUUCUUUAUACAUUUUAAGAUUGAUACAAUUAUCAUACAUAAAUAUGUUAAAAUAAAUUAUGUUAGACAGAGCAAUCUAUUAUAUCUAUCUAUUAUAACAAUUUAGCAUGAGUGCACACUAGCACAUUUCUGGCUCCCCAUGUAGCAUUUUCAAACAAAAUGUGGAACUUUAUAUAUUUUUAAAUCAGUUUAUGAAACUGAAACACACUACUGACUUUGUUCUCUUGGACAAGACAAAACAUUUUAGCUGGAGUGUUUUAUUUUUCUAUUAAAACAAUGAUACAGUACAUCAAUGAUGUAUGUAUGUCCUACUCAGCCACUGUUUACUGUAUAAUUUGUCUGAAAAACUUUAAUAUGGUGAUUUGGUUUAAAUCCCUUUAAAUCACCAUCUCUCAUAAUAUACGUAGAUGUGUGUUAUUUACAAAUGCUCACUGUGAAUUGUUAACAGUAUAGUGAAAUUUGCACUGUUUUCUUUGUAGCCACUUUCUACACACUCAGUACAGCAAAUGUUUUACAGUGCUGAAAAAUUGUACUCAAUCCUGUAAUUCAGCCUAUUGGAGUUGUAGCUAGCUGACUGUGGUACAUGUAGCAAAAGAUUUAUUUCAUUGCUGACUGGUCACUGUUUUCAGAAAAUGACUUGUAUAGAUUUAAAGGUACGUGCAAAUAUAACACCAGCUGAUAAUGCUAUAAAACUGUCUUUAUUCAUUUAUUUAUUUAUUUUUUUUUGAGUAGCAAAGAAAAUGGAGUAUCUAGUGCCGCUGAAAAAGUAAGAAAAAUGUCCUAAUUAUAGAAGAGACAGCAUUAGAUGUAUAAUCAGAUUUGGUUAAAUACCUCAAAAUAGGAGAUUUCUAGACCUGGCACAACUAACAGGAACCCUCCAGAUAUUUCUAAUGUUUUUCUUCAGGCUUUUUAUGAGACCUGUUUUCUUAUUAUUAGACAACCUGUUAUUUUAACUGUUAUUCUGAGUAAAAGGUUUCUCUGCCGCAGUAUAGGUGUAUGAAUGAACUGCAGCCUCACUAACAGCACCUUUCUUUGAGCUGCACUGCUCCAAGUGUCCUGCCUUCAGGGAGUGGAGUGUUUACACGGUAAACCUGAUUUACUUCUCUGUGUGUUUGUGCUGUUGGGGAGCGGGGUGCAGAAGAUUACUUGCAAUUUGCCAGUAAGAUGCUACAACAGUAUUGUAAAAUAUUUAAAUAAU